AUGAUGAAAUUCGUGGUAUUCUCCUGCCUCGUGGCCGUUGCGUUCGCAAGCGCAUACGCCCCGGGCCUAGCGUACGGUGCUUUCCCAUACGCGUACGGUGCUCCAUACGCGUACGGUGCUCCGUACGGCUAUGGGGCGCCAUUGCUGAGCGGGGACUGGUUCCAGGCACGCAACUACCGUGGGCCCCUGUCCCUCGCCCCCGGCCAGCCCGCCGACGUCCUUGGCGCCGACGGCAGGCCCCUCGACACCUUGGACGUCAACUUGGACCGCUCCGCACACUUCACCGCUAAGGCCCUCGACAGCGGCCUCCAUCUUUUGAAGAAACGGUCGGUCCCAGCUGCAGUCGUAGCGACCCUCAUUGGCGGACCUGUAGCCACGCCUGUAGCCACGCCUGUGGUUGCCCCCGUUGCCACCCCUGCAGUCACCCCCAUCGCAACUCCACUGAUCACCCCUGCGACACCCAUAACGUACACCGCGCCACUCGUCGCUCCAGUCGCCGCAGCCGCCGCCGGUUAUGGCCCAACUUACACUCGUUACUUG